CGACGACGCUAUGUUUGUUGACACUAGUUAUGAAAAUGCGUUAGUGACAUCUCCGAUAAUUAGCGAAAUUGCUUGAUAAAGAUUUUUACAAAUCAAGUAAAAAUGGACCCCAAUUUAUUGGCACCAAUUAAAAGCUUAGCAAGUAUAUCUAUGAGUCGACGUCGGUCUUUGGCCAAUCAAACAAAUUCAGUAACAAAUCUGAAAAAACAGAAGAAAGAACAAGAGCAGCCAACAGAUUUGAAGGAACAAGGAUAUUAUUCUGAGAUUAUUGCAAAAGAUUCAAACAAAUCAUUGCCUGCAAUUGUUGGAUCACAAAAUAUCAGGCAGAAUACUCUAUGGAAUAUUCAAAAAGUGAAAUACUCACCACAAGUGACAGCAUGUAACAUUCCACAUGAAGUUGCCAUGCAAAAAUUAACAGGUGAAAUUUAUGAAAAAACAACAGCACCAACAUCCAAAUCUGAUUUUCCAUGGAAAUCUUUUGAAGCAAAAGUUCAGCUACCAUACUAUACACCUACUGGAAAAUGUCCACGAAAAAUUGAAAUUGAAAGAAGACGACGUCUCUAUGCAAGUCUUAACCUCACUGAUUUACUCACUGCUGAAGGAAUAUCAUGUGAUGAAUUGAUUCCUAUAAAUAUUUUUGAUCCUGAAUCUAAAAAUAUAGAUAUAAUUGAAGAACGAACAACUCCUUUCAAAACAUAUCUUCCACUUGAGAUCUUUGAUAAUGAAGAAUAUGAUUGCCGCACACCCUAUGAAUGGGUACGUAUGGGAGAAGAGAACAAUAUUUUGAAACCAGUUCCAGGACUUGCUUUUUUAAAGAAUCAUCCAAAAGAUGAUCAAGGUGUUCCUGAAAGUUCUCAUGCUUGGAAGAAAGUUGGAGUGCUUGGCUACAAACCUGAUACCAAAGAAUAUUUUGUUCAAGAAGUGAAUUCUGAAGGUCGUUUAAUUGAUGAUGAUGGCAAUCUUGUGGUAGGGAUAACAGAUCCUGAAAAUGUUAUAUUAGCAGAAAACCAGUCAUGGACACCAAGAAUUUAUUUAAUGUUCUGUGCUGAAGAUCCUCGAGUAUUUGCCAAGCGUAUUGCUGAAGCUGUCAAACAGCGAAAAACAACAGAAGCUUUGUUACGUUACCAUCUUUAUGUUGAUUGCAUGCCAAUGGAUGGAGUUGGUGAACUUGAUCAGGCAUCUCUCAAGAGAAUGACAGAAUGGGCAAAAAAUACAUGUGGAAUUUACAAAGACAAAAAUCUUGAAGAUCAUAUCCAACUCUUGGAGAAAGAAGUGAAUAUAGAUUUUUGUAGAACAAUGAACAAGAUAAUAUUUGACAAAACCGUAAGGGAUGAUCCAAUAACGUUUACAUUUGUUACACAACCUGAACCAAUUGUUGAAAAGCUUUCAAUGCAAGGUGUAUGUGAGGAUGUUCCAGAUUACCCAUUUGAAGAACAAUAUGAUAAGUUUGCUUUCACAUCCUUGCUGACACGGGAGGAAACUGUUCAUACAUGUGUGAAGCUGCGUAUAGAGUGUAACAAAGUGGCCUCUAUGUCCCUCUUUCAUGUGCCCACUACAAAACCCUUGAAAAUUGAUGAAUUUGAACAAACACAAUCUCAAGCAACUGCUCAGAUUUCCUUAUUUUUGAAAGAUAGUUGGAUAUCCACUCUCCGUGCUGCAAUUAGAACAAGCCUUAGAGACAUUGGUAAAGGAUGGUUCAAUAUUCAUGAGUCAAACUGGGAAGUUUACCAAAAAUCUAAAUUGAAAACAUUCAUGGAAAUGGUUAAAUUCAUAAUGCAGGACACAUUGCGCUAUUUAGUAAAUGACUCCUUGUAUAAUUUUGCUCAAAUGAUAAACAAUUCAUGUCGAAGUACAUUGGACAUCGAUGAAUCAUUCACAUGGGAUGGGGAUCUAAUUAACAGUCCAUUCAAACCAAAGAAAACAGCUUUAUUUUAUAUUGAAUUAAUUGUUGAUGAACAAGGUCCACACUACAGUACUACCUUGACUGAUUUUGAAUCCUGUGUCCUUAGCCUUUUUGAUAAAGGUAUUAACUCUACUCAAGCUGUGCCGCAACUUGAAAAGUAUAUUUUGGAAGACAUUUUUUGGUCUGGAACUCCACUUUUAGAAUCAGUUGGUGAGCAUGAACCUCAUGUUGAAGAAAUGCGAUCAGGCAUCCAAACUACCAUCCAAAAGUCAAUUGUUCCAACCAAAGCAUAUGCUGAACGAUACAAUAAAUAUGUUGAACUUUGCAAUCUUGAUGUAAACAAAUUUAUCAGUACAUAUGCUGAAACUGAACGACCUGCUGUUGAAAUACAAGAAGAGGCUGAGAAACAUUUGCAUGAGAAAGGUAUUCUAGAAAAUGAAAUUCCACUUAGUAUUACUAUUGGGCCUUUCUGGGUGACAACGUCGCAUGUACGAGAAACUGUUUCGAAGAAGAAGAAAGCAUUAACUAUGGCACUCCUUGAUUUACUUGCAAAACAGCUCAGCCAACAAACUGAGGAAGUAUGUGAAACUUUUAAACAAAUCAGCCGAAAACAAUCAGAAAAACCCAAUACAAUUGAGGAAUUAGAUGAGUUAAGGGAAUGGAUGAAGUCUAUACCAGAAAAAAUUAAAGAUCAACAAGAACAAAUUAGUAAAAUAGUUGUGGACUAUGGAUUGUUGGAGAACUUUUUCUAUAAUCUUCCCAUUGAUGACUUCAAUAAUUUAUGGGCUAUGAUUGGAUGGCCUCUGAAAAUUGAGAAACAAACUGAGACGGUUUUGAUAAACCAUGAAGCUGAUGAAGAGCGGUUUCGUAAACUCCAGCUACUGGACCAAGCAGCAUUCAAUGAAAAGCUGGAUUCUUUGGCUAUGAUAGCAGCUUCAAUGCAAUCUUACACAGAUGUUAACAAAGCUCAUGAAAUUGCUAAUGAAGCACGUCGUAUUAGUAAACAGAUGAAAGAUGCUCAGCAAUUAGCACAGGUUUACAACAACAGAGAACGUUUGUUUAAAUUACCCACAACUCAGUAUGAUAAACUUCAUCUGAUGGUAAAAGAAUUUGAACCAUUUCGCAGCCUUUGGAUUACAGCAUCUGACUGGCAGAGAUGGCAUGAGAGCUGGCUGAAUGAUCCACUGCUGUCUAUCAGUGCUGAAGAUGUUGAAAAGAAUGUUCUGGAUUCUUAUAAAAUUAUGCAUAAAUCAGUUAGAAUAUUUCAAGACAGUCCUGUUGUUCAAGAAGUUGCCAUAAUUAUAAAAGGCCAGAUUGAAGAAUUUAGACCUUUUAUUCCACUGUUUCAAGGACUUAGAAAUCCAGGGAUGAGAAAUCGACAUUGGGAUCAGUUAUCUGAUGAGCUUGGUUUUCAAGUGCGACCUAAAAGCAAUUUAACUUUUAGUAAAUGUCUUGAAAUGAAGCUGCAAGACUAUAUUGAAGUGAUUGCUAAAGUUGCUGAAGUAGCAGGGAAAGAGUAUUCAAUUGAACAGGCACUGAAUAAAAUGGAAAAGGAAUGGGAACCAGUGUUAUUUGAAAUAAUGCCAUAUAAAAACACAGGCACACAUAUCCUAAAAUGUUCAGAUGAUACAUCACAAAUGUUAGAUGAUCAUAUUGUCAUGACACAGAGUAUGUCCUUUUCUCCAUACAAAAAAGCAUUUGAAUCACAAAUUUCUGCUUGGGAAAAUAAACUGCGUAUAUCACAGGAUGUUUUGGAUGAAUGGCUGGCAUGUCAAAGGUCAUGGAUGUACCUUGAGCCAAUUUUCACUUCUGAAGAUAUUAGUAGACAGUUACCUGUGGAAAGCAAGCGCUAUCAAACAAUGGAGCGACUAUGGAGGAAAAUCAUGAAAAAUGCCAAAGAAAAUCCACAGGUUAUCAACCUCUGUGCUGAUGCACGCCUAUUAGACAGCUUGAAGGAAUGUAAUAAAUUGUUAGAUCAAGUGCAGAAAGGACUCACUGACUACCUGGAGACAAAACGUUCUUCUUUUCCGCGAUUUUACUUCCUGUCAGAUGAUGAACUCCUGGAAAUUCUGUCACAGACCAAAGAUCCAACUGCUGUACAGCCACAUUUAAAGAAAUGUUUUGAGAAUAUUGCAAGGACUGAGAGAUCUACAUGGGUUCUAGAAUGGCCUGGUCAAGUUGUCAUUGCUGGAUGCCAGACUUUCUGGACUGAAGCUGUUACACAUAGUCUGCAGAAUGAUACUAUUCAAAAGUACCAUCAACUUGUACUAUCACAGUUGGAUGACCUUCGACAACUAGUGCGUGGCGAGGUACCAAAAAUUGGCCGAUUGACUCUGUCUGCUCUGAUUGUUAUUGAAGUUCAUUCACGUGAUGUUGUGGCCAAAAUUAUUGAGGAGAAAGUCAGAAAUGCUAAUGAUUUUGAAUGGAUCAGUCAACUCAGAUAUUACUGGAAGGAGGAAGACCUGAAAAUCUGUGCUGUAAAUGCUGAAUUUAAAUAUGGCUAUGAGUACCUUGGAAAUACAUCUCGGUUGGUAAUUACUCCAUUAACAGACAGAUGUUAUCUAACUUUGACUGGAGCUCUCCAUUUGAAAUUUGGUGGCGCUCCAGCUGGACCAGCUGGUACCGGGAAAACAGAAACUACAAAAGACCUUGCUAAAGCAAUGGCUAUCCAAUGUGUUGUAUUCAACUGUUCUGACCAGCUAGAUUAUAUGGCAAUGGGUAAAUUUCUAAAAGGACUUGCCAGUACUGGAUCAUGGGCAUGUUUUGAUGAAUUCAACCGUAUAGAUAUUGAAGUGCUCUCAGUUGUAGCACACCAGGUAUCUUCAAUACAAACGCAACAAAGACAUAGGGUGGAUCGGUUCUUUUUUGAAGGGGUAGAAAUUGCUUUGAAACCCUCUUGUGCUGUAUUCAUCACUAUGAAUCCUGGCUAUGCUGGACGGACGGAAUUACCUGAUAACUUGAAAGCAUUGUUUCGUCCUGUUGCCAUGAUGGUGCCAGAUUAUGCUCUGAUUGCAGAAAUUAGCCUAUUUUCAUUUGGUUUCUCUGAAGCCAAAGUGCUGGCCCAAAAGAUUGUAUCCACUUUUAAAUUGUCAUCAGAACAACUUAGUUCUCAGGACCAUUAUGAUUUUGGCAUGAGGGCUGUGAAAAGUGUAAUAUCGACAGCAGGAAACCUCAAACGUCAGCAGCCAGACAUGAAAGAAGAUCUGGUCACAUUGAGAGCAAUACAAGAUGUUAAUGUUCCUAAAUUUCUGGUUGAUGAUUUAAAAUUAUUCAAUGGAAUUGUUUCAGAUCUGUUUCCAAACACUAAGGAAGAACCAGUUGAUUAUGGAUCGUUGGAUACAGCACUGAAGAGAGCAUGUAGAAAAUUCAAUCUUAAAGCUGUACAAGGUUUUAUCCACAAAUGUAUCCAACUUUAUGAAACGACAGUGGUUCGCCAUGGUCUGAUGCUUGUAGGACCAACUGGCUCGGGUAAAACAAAGUGUUAUGAAGUAUUGAAAUGUGCCAUAACCUCAUUGAAAGGAGAAAUGUCACCGUCAGGAGAACCCUUUGAGAAAGUCCAAUCUUUUGUGUUAAAUCCUAAGUCUAUAACAAUGGGUCAGUUAUAUGGUGAAUUUGAUCUUCUAACCCAUGAAUGGACUGAUGGUAUACUAUCCUCUUUGAUACGUGCCUCUAUAGGAAGUCAGAAUACUGAUAAGAAAUGGUACAUAUUUGAUGGGCCUGUAGAUGCAGUUUGGAUUGAAAACAUGAACACUGUUCUAGAUGACAAUAAAAAACUGUGUCUGAGUAGUGGUGAGAUCAUCAAGUUGGAAGAGUGCAUGACAAUGAUGUUUGAAGUUCAGGAUCUUGCAGUUGCUUCACCUGCAACUGUCAGUCGAUGUGGCAUGGUAUAUUUAGAACCAAGUAUUUUAGGACUGAAUCCUUUUGUAGAAUGCUGGUUAAAUAGUAUACCACCAUCCAUUCAGCCCUUUAAAGAAAAAUUGGCAGAACUUUUUGAUCUAUUUUUAAAGCCAGCGAUAAAUUUCUUAAGAGAGAAUAUGAAAGAAAUUGUUUCCACCGUUGACAGUAACCUGACAUUUAGUUUCUUUAAACUUCUCAAUUGCCAUUUUGAACCAUUCCGUUUGGAUGAUCCAAAGACCAAACCUGUAGAAUAUCACAAUUUUUUAAAGCAGCUGAUUGAACCUUGGUUUUUCUUCUGCAUGAUCUGGACUAUUGGAGCAACUUGUGACCAUGAUGGCCGAGUUAAGUUUUCAGAAUGGAUUAGAGAACAAAUGGAUAUUAAUGAGAUUGAAAUUAAAAUGCCUGAUCCAGGAUUAAUAUAUGAUUAUAAGAUUAAUGAUGGCUGUGAAAGUGAUGAUGUUGAUGAAGAUGAAGAAGAACCGAAAGAUUUUGAAAUAAAAUAUGUCCACUGGAACCAAGGUCAACCAAUUUUUACUACACCAGUUGAUGCCAAGUUUGCAGACAUCAUUGUACCAACUAUAGACACUAUUAGAAAUUCAUUUAUAUUAGAUAUGCUUCUGAAGAAUACCAAAACGGUUCUUUGUGUAGGACCAACAGGGACUGGUAAAACACUAACUAUUGCUGAUAAGUUAAUCCAUAUGCCAUCUAAAUUCAUCUCAGAGUUCAUAGUGUUCUCUGCCAAAACUGGUUCUAAUCAAACUCAAGACCUUAUUGAUGGCAAGCUAGAUAAAAGACGUAAAGGAGUUUAUGGUCCACCUUUAGGCAAGCUAUUCUUAUUCUUUAUCGAUGAUUUGAACAUGCCAGCUCUGGAAGCUUAUGGAGCUCAACCCCCCAUUGAACUUCUCCGUCAGUGGAUGGAUUUUGGAGGCUGGUAUGACAGAAAAGCUAUUGGUGAAUUCCAUAAUCUUGUUGAUGUCAAUUUUGUUUGUUCAAUGGGACCCCCAGGAGCAGGAAGAAAUGCUGUCACAGCCCGUUUGUUACGACAUUUUAAUUUCCUGGCUUUCACAGAAAUGGAAGACAUUAGUAAAAAGAAAAUAUUUGGAACCAUUUUCCAAUCUUGGAUUGCCACGGAAGAGUCAGUUGUUGAAUAUAGUGAACAACUUAUUGAUACAUCUAUUCUGGUUUACAACACCAUCACAACGCAGUUGUUACCAACUCCAGCCAAAUCUCAUUACACAUUCAAUCUCAGAGACUUAUCAAAGGUUUUCCAGGGAAUGCUUAUGUUAAACAUUAAAAGAAUUAAGAGCAUAUCUAGUUUGUUGCGGUUGUGGUAUCAUGAAAACUGCCGUGUAUUCCAGGAUCGUCUGGUUAAUAAUGAAGACCGUAACUGGUUUAAUGAAUGCCUUAAGCAAAGAAUUGAGGAAGAUUUUGAGACUGAUUUUGAUGAAGUCAUAAUCAAUCAGCCAGUGUUGUUUACAGAUUUUAUGUCCAGGAGUGGUGAUAUUCGAAAUUAUGAAGAAGUCACUGAUUAUCAGAAGUUGAGCAGUGUGUUAGAUGAGUUCUUGGAAGAUUAUAACCAAAUCAGCAUCAAUAAAAUGAAAUUGGUUCUAUUUAUGGAUGCAAUCACUCACAUCACUAGAAUUGGAAGAAUUAUUCGUCAGCCAUAUGGAAAUGCCCUGCUUCUUGGAAUGGGGGGAAGUGGUCGGCAGAGUCUUACACGUCUUGCUUCUCACAUAGUAGAAUUUGAUUGUUUUCAAGUGGAAUUAUCAAAGAACUAUGGCAUCAGUGAGUGGAAAGAAGAUUUAAAAAAGGUAUUGAUGAAGUCUGGAAUAGAGAAUCAAGCAGUUGUCUUCCUGUUCAGUGAUACCCAGAUAAAGAACGAAUCAUUUCUUGAAGAUUUAAACAAUAUUUUAAAUGCUGGAGAUGUGCCAAACAUUUAUAGCCUUGAGGAACUGGAUAAGAUUUAUGAAGCUAUGAAACCCUCUGUACAAGAUAUGGGACUACAACCAACUAAAACUAAUCUAUAUACAUGCUAUACUAAACGGGUUCGUUCCAAUCUACACACUGUAAUAACAAUGAGCCCUUUAGGUGAAGUAUUCCGUGCUCGUCUCCGACAGUUUCCAGCUCUGGUCAAUUGUUGUACCAUUGACUGGUUCAGUGCAUGGCCUGAAGAUGCAUUGCAAUCUGUGGCUCUACGGUUUCUUGAAGACAUUCCAGAACUAGGCAUAUUUAGUGAAAUGAUAGAUAGUCUUGUUUACAUGUGCCAAGAUAUUCAUUCAACUGUUGCAGUCUACACAGAUAAAUAUCGGCAAGAAUUGUCUCGACACAACUAUGUUACACCAACAAGUUAUCUAGAAUUACUUGGUACCUUUUCAAAACUUAUAAAGUUGAAAAAGGAUGAAAUAUCCACUGCUUGGAAACGAUUGAAAACCGGACUUGACAAACUACUGGCUACUGCAAAUGAUGUGGCUAUCUUACAAGAAGACUUGGCAAGAAUGCGUCCACUUUUGGAUGAAGCUGUGAAAGAAUCAGUUUCUACAAUGGAACAAAUUGCACAAGACACUAAAGUUGGUGAAGAAACCAAAGUAGUUGUUCAGAAUGAAGAAGCACAAGCUGCAGAGAAAACACGAGAGACACAAGCUAUUGCAGAUGAUGCACAGAGAGAUCUCAGUGAGGCUUUGCCAGCUUUAGAAGAAGCUCUGGCUAGUUUAAAGACACUUAAUAAGAAUGAUGUUGUUGAAGUGAGAGCAAUGCAGAGACCACCAGAUGGCGUCCGUCUUGUCAUUGAUGCUGUCUGCAUAAUGAAGUCUGUCAAACCAAAACGUAUUCCUGGAGAGAAGCCGGGUAGCAAGGUGGAUGAUUACUGGGAGCCAGGUAAAGCAUUACUUCAAGAUCCUGGAAAAUUCUUAGAAAGUUUGCUGAAAUAUGACAAAGAGAAUAUUCCAGAAGAAACAAUCAAAAAGAUCUCUCCGUAUAUGGAAGAUGAAGCCUUUACCCCGCAUGCUAUUUCUAAGGUCUCUAAAGCAUGCACAUCAAUAUGUCAGUGGGUUCGUGCCAUGUACAAAUAUUAUUUUGUUGCUAAAGCAGUUGCUCCUAAAAGAGAAGCAUUAAAAAUUGCUCAGGCGGAUUUAUAUGAAACUCAAAAAAUAUUGGAUGCUGCCAAACAACGUCUGCAAGCAGUACAAGAUGGCAUAGAAUCUCUGCAGGCAAAAUAUGAUGACACCAUGCGUAAGAAGAAAGAACUUGAAGAAAAGUGUGAGCAAUGUCAAGCACGCCUUGUUCGAGCAGAUAAGUUAAUUGGAGGACUUGCAGAUGAAAAGAAUCGAUGGAAGGCUGCAGCAUUGAGAUAUGAGAAAAUCCAAGACAAUAUGGUUGGUGAUGUUUUGGUAUCAGCAGCAUAUAUUGCUUACCUUGGAACAUUUACAGGUGAAUAUAGAGCUGCUAUGUAUUCAUAUUGGAUUCAAAAGAUGCAUGAAUUGAAUGUACCUCAAACAGAUGAUCCAAGUCUUAUUUCUACUUUAAGUGAUCCAGUUUUGAUUCGUAAAUGGCAAAUCAAUGGCUUACCUAAAGACAAUUUGUCAGUUGAAAAUGGAGUUAUUGUACAUUAUGCUCGACGUUGGCCACUUUUUAUUGACCCACAGGGACAGGCUAAUAAAUGGAUAAAAGCAAUGGAAAAGGACAAUUCCUUAGAUGUUAUCAAGCUCUCUGACAAAGAUUUUCUACGUACACUUGAGAAUGCCAUAAGGUUUGGGAAACCAUGUCUGCUUGAAAAUGUUACAACAGAACUAGAUCCAGUCCUUGAACCAGUGUUAUUAAAACAAACUUAUAGGCAACAAGGUAGCCUUGUGAUCAAACUUGGAGAUGCUGUUGUUCCAUAUCAUGAAGACUUUAAAUUUUAUAUCACAACCAAACUUCCAAACCCUCAUUAUACACCUGAAAUUUCAACAAAAGUGACUUUAGUUAACUUUACUUUAUCACCAAGUGGCCUAGAAGAUCAGUUACUUGGGACUGUUGUUGCAGAAGAACGACCAGAUUUAGAAGAAGCUAAAAACCAACUAAUUGUCAGUAAUGCUAAAAUGAAGCAAGAACUGAAAGAGAUUGAAGACAAAAUCUUGAACAGACUCAGUUCUUCAGAAGGAAACCCUGUCGAUGAUUUUGACCUUAUAAGUACGUUAGAGGCAUCCAAAAUCAAAUCCGAGGAAAUAAAGGCCAAAGUAACCAUUGCUGAACAAACAGAGAAGGACAUAGAUGAAACACGUAGCCAAUAUAUACCAGUGGCUGUCAAUACACGGAUUAUGUUUUUCUGUGUUGCUGAUUUAGCAAACAUUGAUCCUAUGUAUCAGUAUUCUCUUGAAUGGUUCAUCAAUAUUUUCCUCUUUGGUAUUGAACAAGCUGAAAAAGCAGAUAAUAUACCCAUGAGAGUUGAAAAUAUCAAUAAGUAUUUUACAUACUCUCUCUAUACCAAUGUAUGCCGAAGUCUUUUUGAGAAGCAUAAACUUCUUUUUGCAUUUCUGGUGUGUACCAAAAUUAAAAUGAAUGGUUCUUUGAUUGAUAUGAAUGAAUGGCAUAAUUUGCUGGCUGGUGGCACUCAUAAAGAAUUAGAGUUAGAAAAUCCUGCUCCAGAAUGGUUGACUGAGAGGUCAUGGAAUGACAUUCUGUGCUUAAAUAUUUUACCAAAUUUCCAAAAUAUAGCUGUUGACUUUAAGAAGUAUCUCGAUGACUUUAAGAGGAUAUUCGACAGUUCUGAACCUCAGAGAGAAGAACUUCCAAAUGACUGGGAAUCGAAACUGGAUAGUUUCCAGAAGAUAUUGAUUCUGAAAUGUCUUCGCUCAGACAAAGUAACAAAUGCCAUGCAAGACUUUGUAGCUAACAACCUUGGCCAAAUGUUUAUUGAACCUCAGACAUCCGAUUUAGGUGUGGUUUAUAAGGAUUCUUCUCCAACAACUCCCCUGAUCUUUGUUUUGUCUCAAGGAACUGACCCAGCAGCAGAUCUUUACAAAUUUGCUGAAGAAAUGAAAUUUUCACGAAAAAUGUCAGCUAUUUCGCUUGGCCAAGGCCAGGGUCCACGGGCUGAAGCCAUGAUGCGUGCUGCUCAAGAAAGGGGCAAAUGGGUUUUCUUUCAAAACUGCCAUUUGGCUCCCAGUUGGAUGCCAUCACUUGAAAGAUUGAUAGAACUUAUCGAACCUGACAAGGUACAUCGUGAUUUCCGGCUUUGGCUAACCAGCAUGCCAAGCACCAGUUUUCCUGUGUUUAUCCUUCAAAACAGUUCCAAAAUGACAGUGGAACCACCAAAAGGCAUUAAAGCAAAUCUAUUAAAAUCCUAUAUGUCAAUUAAUGAUGAUUAUUUGAAUUCAUUGGCAGAAAAGGUAUCUGUACUUGAUAAAUUUUCUCUUAUGAAUUGGUUCUUCUCGAUAUAUCCAACUGACGGUUAUAUGGCUUAUAUAAGAAAUCUUCCCAUUAAUGAUACACCAGAGAUCUUUGGUCUUCAUGACAAUGCAAAUAUCACUUGUGCACAAACGGACACAUUUCAGCUGUUAACAUGGUUGUUAAAUUUGCAACCAAAGGUAUCUACAGGAGUUGGCAAGUCCAGAGAAGAGGUGACAGAAAAAACAGCCAAAGAUAUCAUACAGCUUCUCCCUCACUUAUUUCAUGAGAAAAGUGUAAUGGAACAGUACCCAAUAUUGUAUGAGCAAUCUAUGAACACAGUUCUUGUCCAAGAAGUCAUUCGGUAA